AUGAAGCUUCUCGUGGGAUUUUUACAGUCGGGCACUGUAAUUGCCCAGCUUCAGCGAGGGCCUGAACAAGCUAUUCUGGCUUCUUCGGAGGAGAUCGCAAAAAGAGAAGAUUGGAAGCUGGAUCCGUUGGUCCAAGUUCGUUGGGAUUUCGGCGACUGCGGAAAAACAGGGAUGAAUGGCCCGACGGUUGAAGAAUGCAACGAGUACUACUUCGACAGUAAUCUUGAGGGAAGUGUCCGAGUCGAAGAAGGCGUUCAACAGUGGGUCGUCCCUGCCGAUGGUUUGUAUCUCGUGACAGCUGGUGGACCCGCAGGAUCAUCAGUCUCCGCCGGUGGUCGAGGAAGAGGAGCCAUUCUCGAAGGCAAUUUUCAUCUUAUGAAGGGAGAGAUCAUCGACAUCGUCGUCGGCCAAAUCACCGACUACAACCUCAGCGCCGACCCGAAUUCUCGCCGGGGUCUUGGCGGCUCUGGCGGAACCUUCGUCGUAAGAAACCAGGAUAACAAAAUUCUCAUGGCAGCUGGUGGCGGUGGAGGCGGCGCGGGAAGGAAAGCUAAUGUCGGUCUCACGAGAAAUGUCAACGACGCGACUGAGUAUCCAUACGGGCAAAAUGCCUCCAUCCCGCUUUCUGGAAAAGGAGGAAGGGAUGAUCUCGGCGUAGGCGGACAAGGAGGACUGGGCGGCUCGUACGGACCAAGUAUCAUCGGUUUCGACGGGACACGCAAAUUCGGUGGCGGUGGCGGCGCUGGUUUCGGCAAUAUGACCGGCGGAACUGAAGAUGGCGGCGGAGCAGCACAUCCGUCCGAGCUUGGAAUCGAUUCUAGAGGCGCAAUAAAUUUUCUGAGCGUAAAUAGAGGAAUGAACUCAAAGGGCACAGGUGGAUUCAUUCAAUUCAAACCAAAAGGCUCGAGAUUACUAAUAACCAACAAUGGUGGCUUUGGGGGCGGUGGGUAUGGCAGCGAAGAUGGCGGUGCUGGCGGCGGGGGAGGAUAUUCGGGUGGCGCUGGUGGUCCGCCAGAUGGAUAUUCUGGCGGUGGAGGAAGUUUGAACAACGGGCUGAGGCAACGAAAUGAUCGGCUUAACGAUGGCAGGGGGUUCGUAACAAUCUCCUUUAUCGGAAAACAAUGCUGCGGCCCUCGAGAUGUCUAUGUAGCCAUGGCUUUUAUCGCUGGAAUUCUUGCUAAACUUCUUGUCACGUAUUUUGCUUACUGGGCCUGGAGAACUGCGAAACGAAUGCACACCUCUUACGUCAUCAUCAACCACCUGAAAGAGCUCAGACGAGAAAACCAAAAGCUAGACGCUGAUGAAACUCUUCUCAUCGGCAGAAUUCUCGAGCAAGAAGAAGAUUUGAAGAGCCGAAUAGGCGCGAGCCGCCCAGAUUUGAGAAGGCGUCUUUCAGGAAGAAAACGAACCCAUUACGACUCUGAGAGCUACACAACUACGGAUCAGACGAGCAAUCAAUAUACAGAUAGAUCGAGGACUGUAAUGUCUGCGUCGCAAUCUGAAUCCGGAACUGUGAUCACAGCGCGCCGAUUGUCAUCAGAGUCAGACAGCUCAGCUUCAACAGUUGUCAAGCAGCCAGUAACACAAUCCAUGGCAGCGUCUCAGGCGUUCACAAAUGUGACUCAAAUGUCAAAAAUCUCCAACCCGGGCAAAACUGAGGCAGAUUCGGUCCUUGGUGGCGCAACUUUCAAAUCUAGGUCGAAAUUGGAUGGAGUAAACAAAUCUACUCGCUCUGGAAUCUAUUCAACUAUCGGAAGAAACGCAGUGAUGCCAGAAGAAGACGAAGAAUUCAGCGAUGAAGAUGAAAACAUUGAAAAUGACGAAGAAGAAGACGAGCUUUCUGAACGAUCUUCUCCAAUCAAAUCUCUUGCAAAGUCAAACAUGAGCUUGGCGAAAUCGCAACGAAGCGCUGCUUCUGGCUUCCAGAGCCGACUCAGUAGACCUGGAACGACAAUUGUUUCUGCAGCGAGAUCUGCUCGAUCCGUCGCGACUUCAGAAGCGCCGCACUCAAGUCGGGCGAGAACUCCUGCGCCAAUGGAUGAGUCGAUCGGAAGAUCUUAUGGAAACUCAAUUUCAAAGGAGCUCGAUUUAUCCAUGAGCAAGAGUCAAAUGACCCUGACAGAAGACGAUCCCUCAGUCUCACAACUAUCGAUUUCCGAGUCGCAGUAUUCAAGAGCAUAUCAAUCGGGGAGCGAGGAGGAUGGUUCGUACUCUGAAUCCUACCGCAGCCAAAGUGAAUAUACUGAGAACAGCCAUUACCGCGUCUAA